AUGGGCAAGAAGCGCAAGGGCGCGAAGAAGCCCGCGGCGGAGCCGGCGCCGGAGAGCGCGGCGUCGCUGAGCAGCGGGAGCGACGACGAGCGCAAGGACCCCGGCGCCCCGUCGGGCGACCGCGGCGCGCCCCCGGGCGAAGCAACGACGGGCCGCGUGACCUACGACAGCGGCUCGAGCGACGGGUCCUUCGACUCGCGGCGCGACGACUCCGAGGGCUCGUCCGCGUCCGGGAGCGACGGCGGCAGCGACGUGAGCGAGCUCGACGGCGAGGGCUCCGAGGGCUACCGCGUCGGCGGCUACCACCCCGUGGCCCUCGGGGACGUCUUCAACGGCCGCUACACCGUCGUCGAGAAGUUGGGGUGGGGCCACUUCUCGACUGUUUGGAUGGUCCGCGACGCGCUGAGCCAGGCUUUGGGCACGCCGCGCCUCGUGGCCCUCAAAGUCCAGAAAUCGGCGAGCCACUACACGGACGCGGCGCUGGACGAGAUCGACCUGCUGCGCCACGCGCGGCGCACGGACCCCGCGGAGACGUCGAGCCGCGUCGUGCGGCUCCUGGACCACUUCGAGCACAGCGGGCCCAACGGGCGCCACGUCUGCAUGGUCUUCGAGAUGCUCGGGGCGAAUUUGUUGUCCGUGAUCCGCAAGUCCGAGUACCGGGGCCUGCCCAUCGAUAGCGUCCGGAACGUCUGCCGCCAGAUCUGCAUGGGCCUGGACUUCCUCCACCGGCGCUGCUCCAUCAUCCACACGGACCUCAAGCCCGAGAACGUGCUCCUCAAGGCGCCCAAGUUCGCGCCCGACGGCGACGGGCCGCCGGACGCGGCGGCCGCGCCGCCGGCGCCCGCGGCGGCGGCGACCGAGCCCGCGGCGUCGCUCGAGGAGCGCAUCGACGAGAUCGCCUCGACGCUGCAGACGAGCGAGCUCAGCGCCGAGGAGCGCAAGCGCCUCAAGAAGAAGCUGAAGAAGCAGAAGCAGAAGCAGCGGAAGAAGGAGCCCGCCGUCGCCGUGGAACCCGCGGCGCCCGCGCCCGCGCCGCGCGCGGCGCCGCCGGUCGAGGAGGCCUUCGGGCGCGUCGACUGCGGGGGCCGCGUCGGCGACGGCAUCCCCGACGACCUCGUGGACCUCCAGCACGCGGAGAUCGCCGUCGUCGAUCUGGGCAACGCCUGCUGGCGCCACAAGCACUUCACGGAGGACAUCCAGACGCGCCAGUACCGCUCGCCGGAGGUCAUCGUCGGCGCGGACUACGACACGUCCGCGGACGUGUGGUCGCUCGCGUGCAUCGUCUUCGAGCUCCUCACCGGCGACCUGCUCUUCGACCCGCGGGCGGGGGGCGACUACGACCGCGACGAGGACCACCUGGCGCAGAUGCAGGAGCUGCUGGGCCGCUACCCGAAGAAAUUGGCGUCGUCGGCGAAGGCGCGCGCGUUCUUCAACCGCCGCGGCGAGCUCAAGCACAUCCACCACCUCCGCUUCUGGGACCUGGAGCACGUCCUCGUCCAGAAGUACCACCACGACAAGGCCGAGGCGCGCGAGAUCGCCCACUUCCUCGGGCCCAUGCUCGACUUUUACCCGGACCGGCGCGCGACGGCGUUCGACUGUUUGCAGCACCCGUGGCUCAACCGGCCCAACGGGUCCAAGGCGCCGCCCGUGGACUCCGACGACGACGAGGCGAAGCGGUCGGAAUCGAAGCGCGACGAGCCCCGCGACGACGACGACGACGACGACGACGACGACCUCAGCCUCGAGGACGACGACCGCGACGACGACCGCGACGACGACGACGACGACGCGACCGCGGACCCCAUCGAGGUCGACGCGGCCGGCGAGAUCAUCGGCUCCGAGGAGGACGUCUAG